AUGAACAUUGUGCAGAGGCAAGACGGGGCAGAGCCGCAGCACCACCUCCCGGGCACAAGGUCUAAACUAGAUCAAAAGACGCCGCCACCUCCAGAGGCGUCGCCGCAGCCGCAGCAGCAACAACAGCCGCCGCCACCGCGGCCGCAGCAGCCGCCGCCGCCGCCGCCGCCACCGCAGCAGCAGCAGCCGCCGCCGCAGCAGCUCUUGCGUACGACAUUUGAGAAAAUGAAAAGACGCCGCCGCGCCCACAUGCGCCGCCGCCCCCGCAGAACCAACAACAACAGCAGCAGUAGCAGCAGCAGCAGCAGCAGCGGCAGAAGCAGCAGCAGCAGCAGCAGCCGCAGCACCAGCCGCAGCAGCAGCCCCCGCAGCAGCCGGAACAGCAGCAGCAGCAGCAGCCGCUGCCGCCGCCGCCACCGCAGCAGCAGCAGCAGCAGCCGCAGCAGCUCCUAUGAACGACAACUUAAGAAGAUGAAAAGACGCCGCCGCGCCCACAUGCGCCGCCGCCCCCGCAGAACCAACAACAACAGCAGCAGUAGCAGCAGCAGCAGCAGCAGCGGCAGAAGCAGCAGCAGCAGCAGCAGCAGCAGCCGCAGCACCAGCCGCAGCAGCAGCCCCCGCAGCAGCCGCAACAGCAGCAGCAGCAGCAGCCGCUGCCGCCGCCGCCACCGCAGCAGCAGCAGCAGCAGCCGCAGCAGCUCCUACGAACGACAACUUAAGAAGAUGAAAAGACGCCACCGCGCCCACAUACGCCGCCGCCCCCGCAGCAGCAGCAGAAGGAGCAGCAACCGCAGCAGCAGCAGCCGCCGCCGCCACAGCAGCAGCAGCCGCAGCAGCUCCUACGAACGACAACUUAAGAAGAUGAAAAGACGCCACCGCGCCCACAUGCGCCGCCGCCCCCGCAGCAGCAACAACAACAGCAGCAGCAGCAGCAGAAGGAGCAAUGAAAAGACGCCACCGCGCCCACAUGCACCGCCGCCCCCGCAGCAGCAACAACAGCAGCAGAAGGAGCAGCAACCGCAGCAGCAGCCGCCGCCGCCGCCGCAGCACCAGCAGCAGCAGCAGCAGCAGAAGCCGCAGCAGCUGCAUAACCUGCAAGCGCCCGCUACCACGCUCGGCCCGGUGUCGCCGCCGCCGCAGCAGCAGCAGCAGCAGCAGCAGCGGCCAUUGCAAAGGAGCACGAAGCAAAGGGCAUUAUCGCCGCCACAACCAGGUGCCGCACCAGCACGCUCACGCUGGAAAGCGGAGAUGCAGCGCAAGCAGCAGUUGCGCACCGAGGCCGAAGAGGGGACGGUGUCGCAGCAACUGCCGACGCCGACAUUGCAGCAGCUGUUGCGAUAUCGGCCGCGAAUCGACAACAAACGCAGGUCCUACUAA